CGCAUCAUCCCCACCAGCGAUGAGGAACUGCAGAAGGUACAGGAGCUGCAGGACCUCGAGGAGCUGCAGCUGGAUUUCUGGCUGGCACCCCGUGGCCUCGGGUACCCAGUCGACCUCCGCGUGCCCUUCCCCAGCCUGCAGCCCCUCAAAGCCCACCUGGAAGCCAAUGGCGUCUCCUACUCCAUCAUGAUCGAGGAUGGCCGCCGCCGGCUGCCACUCUCCACCAACACCUUCGACUAUGCCACCUACCAUAACCUGGAUGAGAUCUAUGCCUUCAUGGACCUACUGGUAGAUGAAAACCCCAACCUGGUCAGCAAGCUUGAGAUCGGCCGGUCGACGGAGAACCGCCCCCUCUACGUGCUCAAGUUCAGCAGAGGGGGUAUGAACCGCCCGGCUAUCUGGAUCGACACCGGCAUCCACUCUCGUGAAUGGGUGACGCAGGCCAGCGGUGUUUGGUUUGCCAAGAAGAUUGUCCUGGAUCAUGAGAAUGAUGAAGGUCUGGCCUCCAUCCUGAACACGAUGGACAUCUUCCUGGAGAUCGUCACCAACCCAGAUGGCUUCGUCUUCACCCAAACCCAGAAUCGCAUGUGGCGCAAGACCAGGUCCGUCAACGCUGGCUCCACCUGCAUCGGCGUGGACCCCAACCGCAACUGGGAUGCAGGUUUUGGAGGGUCUGGAGCCAGCAAAAACCCCUGCUCGGAGACAUACCAUGGACCCUAUGCCAACUCAGAGCCCGAGGUGAAGGCCAUCGUGGACUUUGUGAAGAACCACGGGAACAUCAAGGCUUUCAUCUCCAUCCACAGCUACUCCCAGCUCCUGCUCUACCCCUACGGCUACACCAGCACCCCAGUGCCUGACCAGAAGGAACUGCACCAGGUUUCUAAGGCGGCGGUCGCAGCUCUGUCUUCUCUGUACGGCACUAACUACAAGUACGGCAGCAUCAUCACCACCAUCUAUCAAGCAAGCGGAGGAACCAUUGACUGGACGUACAACCAGGGCAUUAAGUACUCCUUCACCUUCGAGCUGAGGGACACGGGGCGCUACGGGUUCCUGCUCCCCGCCAAACAGAUCGUCCCGACCGCCCAGGAGACGUGGCUGGCGCUGAAGGUCAUCAUGCAGCACGCGCGGGACCAUCUCUACUAACUGGGAUCGGCGGCUGAGUGACAGUUUAAUUAGCUGG